AUGAACUGGACCGGAGGACGUCUCCGACGUCAUGCUGCUAUUCACGCAAAGAGCAGAAAGCAGAAAUUCAAGAAGCAAAAGACAAGUAGAGACCUCAUAGCUAUGGGAACUGCGCUUCUCGACCUACCAGCGGACUGUCCUCGGCGGUCGCCGGGGCAGCGUAGCAGGGAAGUCUCUCCAGCCUCCGUCGCCGAGAGUCACCACAAACCCUCCAACGAUAAGGAAGACUCGCAGCCCCGCCAGCGUCUGGACCGCCUCCGACGCGAGCUCCUGAAAAAGCCCGAUUGGGCCGCCGUUGCCGCAGCACGGCCAAUCCAGAUUGCAUUCCCCACUCCAGAGUCGCUGGCAAGGUUUGGCAAGCGGAGAAAGAUAACGGAGAGUGAUCGGACGAGACUGGGCACUUCUGGCUCGCGCUCAGCCCAUGUUGUACGGCAUAGCAAGCGCAAGGAUUCUCCCAUGGAGGCGGUGGGCUUCUCACAGAUGAGUCUGAGGAUCAACGGCAAGCGGGUGGUGAGAAGAAGUACGGACUCUGGACCGGAUCAACCAGUCAAUACGUCUUCUCAGUCAAUGCUGCUGGACAGCGACCGACCAGCCUCCACCAAUCAAUGCGCGCAGGCGCAUUCACCUCAGAGUUUCGAUGGCAGUGAUGUCUUUCAAGACAGCUCGCUUUUGCUCGAAAGUAGCAAGCCGUCGGUGGUUGCACAUCCAACAUCCUCGGUCCUCGACUACGACUCAUUCUCAAAGUCUGCGGCCAUACUCGAGUAG